AUGAACCUCAACUUCACCUCCCCUCUACACCCGGCGUCUUCUCAGAGGCCCACGUCCUUCUUCAUUGAGGACAUCCUGCUGCACAAGCCCAAGCCGCUAAGGGAGAUGGCCCCUGACCACUUCGCCAGCUCUCUGGCCUCCCGGGUGCCUCUCCUAGACUAUGGCUACCCCCUCAUGCCCACACCCACCCUCCUGGCUCCUCACCCUCAUCACCCUCUGCAUAAGGGAGACCACCACCACCCUUACUUCCUUACCACCUCAGGGGUGCCGGUGCCGGCGCUGUUCCCGCACCCCCAGCACAGCGAGCUGCCGGGCAAGCACUGCCGCCGCCGCAAAGCUCGAACGGUUUUCUCAGACUCGCAGCUUUCCGGCCUGGAGAAAAGAUUCGAGAUCCAGCGUUACCUGUCCACGCCAGAGCGGGUGGAGCUGGCCACGGCCCUCAGCCUGUCCGAGACGCAGGUGAAAACAUGGUUCCAGAACCGGCGGAUGAAGCAUAAAAAGCAGCUGAGAAAAACUCAGGAUGAACCCAAAGCGCCGGAUGGGCUGGAGAGCCCCGAAGGCAGCCCUCGCGGCCCGGAGGCCGCAUCUGCCGCGGCUCGGCUGGGCCUGCCCGCCGGCCCCUUCGUGCUCACCGAGCCCGAGGACGAGGUGGACAUAGGGGACGAGGGGGAGAUCGGCUCUGGGCCGCACGCGCUCUGA